AUGCCAUGCUCGUGCGGCAUCUUCAAGAGACGGCGGAGGCCGAAGUUGUGUGCAGAGGCCGAGACAUCCAGCGACUCGCAUGAGUCUGACUCAGACCAUUUCCACGAGGAUGGAGAUCCUGAGCCUGCAAGCGGAAAGAAGCAGAGGAGAAGACAAGUGCACCGCAUCCUGGACAGAGAAGGCGUGGAGUUCCAAAGCCAGGGCGUCUUCCACGUUGUUCAGACGAGGAGAACUUGCACCAUUUUCCUCCUAGACUUCUUUCAUACAGUGAUUCAUCUCCCCUUUCCGGGACUCUUCGUGGUGACGUUGACGGUGUACUUUGCCUGCUUCGCCUUCUUUGCUCUCUUCUGGAUUUGGUUCAGCGAUGUCUGCGCUAUCGGCCUCGACUCCUACAGAGAUGCAUUUUAUCUGUCAGUGGAAACGCAGAUGACAAUCGGCUAUGGCGUUCCAGACCCCAACUUCGGAGACUGCUGGGAAGCAGCGGUCCUCAUCGUGGUUCAGACGGUGGUUGGGUUGAUGCUUGAUGCCACAGUGAUCGGAGUAGUUUUCCAAAAGCUGGCCAAUGCGAAUGCCCGUGCAAACACUGUGAUUUUCAGUGACACCGCAUUGCUAGAGGUAGAGGAGGGCUGUGCAUAUCUUCGCUUUCGCGUGGCCGACAUGUCUUGGCGACCAUUGUCUCAGGCGACAAUGCAAGUGUAUUGCGUCCAGCAUCAUCGAGAUGAAAGCCAGCCACGUGGAAUCCGCGUGGAGCUUGCCGCCGUGCAUCUGGAAGAGCCCGACACCGAUAUCCACAAUGGCAUCAUUUUCCUAGGUCUGCCUGCCAUGGUCUCCCACAAAAUCAAUUACGAAAGCCCGCUGUCGCCAGAUGUGCCUGCCGGCACGACUGGCAGUCCGACUCCGAAUGACGUGCGGAAGUACCUGAUUGAGUCGCCCUAUUUAGAAGUUCUGGUGUUGCUGAGCGGCACGGAAGAAUCCACAGGAGCCAUUGUAGAAGCGCGUCAUUCCUACACUCUGGAUGACAUGUUCUGGAACAGAGCAUAUGGAACGUGCGUUUCCAUCAACAGUGAAGGUUAUCACUGUGUCGACUUUCAUGCCAUUCACCAUACCUAUCCUUUGUCAGCGUUGCCAGAUCAGCGACAUACCACAGUGCUGAACAGCGCCGUUGCUCACGGAAUUUCGCACACAUUCCCGGCUACUCUGGAUGCAAACAUGGACAGCGACAACGAGUGA